AAUAGUUUAUGGACAAUUUGUGACGUAACAAGUCGUCAAGAUUUUCAUCGUUUUCCUAUAGAUUUGUACAGUAGCCAUUUUGUAUUCUUCAGGAGAGCAAAAUAAGUUUCUAUCCUUAUAGGUGUCUGUCCGUUCAGCUUGACCGGCCAUCCUUGAGCUCUCAUCCAGCACUGGCAAGAUGGACUCAAAACAACGGUACGAUUAUGGGACCAGGCCAAUUCCCGAAGCAUCGCCCGUACCUCCAUCACCUUCAAUGUACAUCUCAAGUUAUUCUUCAUAUGAUCCAAGCAAAAGUCGAAUGACAACAACAACAACAUCAUCAUCAUCAUCGUCAAGAAGAUCACCAUCACCAGCCGAAUACAGAGGCGGCAGUAGUCGAUUCACAAGAAUGGAUUCACCAGAAAGAGUGCGACGAAGAAAACGUAGUUCAUCAAGAUCGCCAACAUCAUCUCGCACAUAUCGACGAUCACGUUCCAAUGACAGAGAUAGAGAUCGUGAACGAAUGAGAAAAUAUUCAAGACGCGAUAAAUCAAGAUCAAGAUCGCGUGGUAGAUCGAGAUCCCGUGGUAGAUCACAUUCACGUGGUGGUUCAAAAUCACGUGGUAGAACGAGGUCUCGCGGUAGAUCAAGAUCACGUGAUAAACGUCGUAGUCGUAGUCGUAAUAAGAGUCGUGAUAGACAAAAAUUUCGUGGUGAUAAUCUUCGUAAACAAAGAACAUAUGAUUGUGAACUAAAUGACGAGCAAAUGGAAUCAUCAUCAUUUUCCAUGGUUAAUGUACCACCGCCAAAUGCAUUCAAAAAUGAUGGUAGUUUUAUGGAAAUGUUUAAAAAAAUGCAAGAACAAAUGCCAGUGCCUGAAAAACCAACUACAUCCGUCCUGGAAGAGAAACCAGUUGCACCACCUCCAUUAAUGGUUGGCAAACGAAGAGGUGGACGAAUUUUAAAGACAGGAAUGGUGGCAAAACCAAAGGUUGAACAGGUCGCCGAACAACCAAAAGAUGCAUGGUCUUUGUAUAUGGCGGAGGUGAAAAAAUAUCGAGAAGUUUGCUGUCAGGAAGAAGAUAAUACGAGGCCUCUCGUCAAAUAGAUCAUUUCUUUUUUUUUUUUUUUCUUUUUUUUUUUCAUUUUUUCCCUUCAACAUUUUAAACUUGUGUAAAGAACACUUUCGACUUUUUUUUAAUUUUAUUAUAUAAAUAGUGUUUUAAUACGUUAAAAGAUUUUUUGUUUUGUUUUGUUAGAUACAUAGAGACGAAAUAAAAAUAACUUGAUGAAAUAUCGGUGUUAGUGUUAUAUGUGAAGAGAAGAAAAAACUGAAUUAGAGCGAGAGAGACUGAGAAAGAGAUUCGAUUAUUAUUAUUAUUUUUUUUUAUGAAUUUUAAACUAUGAAGAAUUCCAAUUAUUUUGUGAGAUAUUUUUAUAUUUGGGAAAGACGUCUAUUUUCUUUUUCUUUGAUAAUUUUAUAAAUAAUAUUAAAUGAAUAUUUUUUAAGCAAUACUCUAUCAAGAUGGUUAUUGAUAAUGCAGCUGUUAAGCGUGAAAUGCUGAAA